CAGGCGAUCCCAUUGAGAAAAUUUCAGUCGCGUAGAGCUGAAGUUGAGCGCAACGCUGACUGUUUUUUCUGGGAUUUAUCAAAUCGCUCUUUAUUAGAAAAGCAAAGGAUUUAAUCACCGUCGGGCAAGAAUAUCAGCCGUGUGUAUUUGGCGGCCCACUCCUCCCCUUUAUCCCUCUUCAUUCCUGUUUCCCUCCUGCUGCUGCACCUUUGGCCGCAGUGAGAAGCAAGUGACAUGGACGGAUUUUACGACCAGCAGGUCCCUUUUAUGGUGCCACCCAACAAGACUCACAUGGAGGAACCGUCUUGUAGACCUUUCAGUGACCGAAAGAGGAAGUUUGUUGACACUGAGCUGGCACAGGAUACAGAGGAGCUGUUUCAAGAUCUGAGCCAGCUACAAGAGAUUUGGAUAGCAGAAGCCCAGGUACCUGAUGAUGAACAGUUUGUUCCAGAUUUCCAGUCAGAUAACUUGAUGUUCCAUGGACCCCUUCAAAUUAAAGUGAAGAGGGAACUGAGCCCGAGUAGGGGGUUUUCCCCCUGUGGACCAGACCAGAGACUUUCUCCAUAUGGAGAAAAGUGCCUAUAUAACUACAGUGCCUUUGACAGGAAGCCAUUUUCUUUCAACAAGCCACUAACUCCUCCCUCGACACCAGCAUCGCCCUUUGGAUCCUCCAUCAGCACAGCAACUCACCCUGCACAAAAAAGAGCGAUGCCUCCCACCCAAACUCAGACACAAGGACCACCAGUAUUGCCUGGUCCCACCCACAGCUCCUCCCCUCCCCAUCAGAGAAUACAGACUCCACUCCACAGUCAAAGCCCACCUUUUGCUGUGCCCUGCCCACCUGUCAAUCACCCAGAUGCCUCCUAUAGCACAGACCACAGUAGGUUCCAUCGGCAGCUUUCUGAACCCUGUCUACCAUUCCCACAAUCUGAUGGCCAUCAUCAGAAUCCUUUCACCCCACAGACCCCUGGCCAUUUUCACCGAAAUAGCCGUCCUUCUUACCACCGCCAGAUGUCGGAGCCCUUGGUCUCCAUGCCGCCUCAGGGCUUCAAAAAGGAGAUGGUGGAUCCCCGUUACAACGAUCAGGGUGUUCAAAACAUGGGACCCCCUCGGGCUCCCCUGUUUCACCAGUUGUCAAUCAAACAGGAGCCCAGAGACUUUGGCUUUGACUCAGAAGUACAGAACUGCCAGUCAUCUUUUGGCAAAUCUACAAACUUCUAUAGAGGCAACAGCGAGUGUUUUGCAUAUGAUGGAGAGCCCCACCUGUAUUACGAUGAUGUGUGUGUGGUUCCAGAUAGGCUGGAGGGAAAGCUGAAGCAGGAGGGUGGGGUGUUCAGGGAGGGUCCUCCAUAUCAACGAAGGGGAUCUCUGCAACUCUGGCAGUUCCUGGUCACUCUGUUGGACGACCCAUCCAACAGCCACUUUAUUGCUUGGACUGGCCGUGGGCUUGAGUUUAAACUUAUUGAACCAGAAGAGGUUGCUCGUCGCUGGGGUAUCCAGAAGAACAGGCCUGCAAUGAACUAUGACAAGCUGAGUCGCUCCCUGCGUUACUACUAUGAGAAGGGCAUCAUGCAGAAGGUAAAGGUUGCUGGAGAGCGAUAUGUGUAUAAGUUUGUGUGUGAUCCAGAUGCGCUCUUCUCCAUGGCAUUCCCUGAUAACCAGAGGCCCAGUCUGAAGGCAGACCCCGAUGGCCUGCAGGUUCCUGAGGAUGACAUUGUACCACUCUCUCACUUUGAUGAGACCAACAGUGCUUCUUACCCAGGAGAUGGCAGGGAUCAGUGCAUAGUGGGGCCAUCCUUUCCUGAAAAUUAUGCUUUCUGAACUGCUUUGAACCCCCCUCCCCCCCACCAAGACUACUGCUGAGCAGACCUGUAGAACCUUUAUUUUGUUUCUGUUUGUUUGACAAACAGGUUCCGUGAUGAACACAGUGUACAUGUCGGCUGUUUUUUUUUUUUUUUAAUUUUUUUUUAUUUUUUAUAUUAACUAAAAGGGACACAACAGUAUUUUAAGUAUAACCAUUGAUUUUAUAUGUAUAAAUGUGUAUAUUUUUAAAAAAUAUAUGGCUUUUGUGUACUGCUUUCUUUGUGUAUUGGGCCUGGUGUCUUUUUUCAAUGCUCUGCUUCAGUGAGAUUUGUAGUACACUUCUAUCAAUACAAAAUGAUGCAAUUCGGAAAGUUUUGUCAUUACGGAAGUACAUAGCUUUAUAAUCCUGAAAAAUUCACAUUUUCUCCAGCUGGCCAAGAAAAAUUCUUUAUAACUGUUAAGAAAUCAAUAUAUUCAACUGAUUUUGUAAUUUGAUUUUUAUUGGUGUGGGAUGGGUAAAAAGAAGACAGGGGCAUUGAAAAAUGAAAUCUGUGUAUAUUAUGAGUAUAUUUUUGCAAAGGCUAUAUUGAUUUGCAUUGUAUAAGGUGUACAACAGACUGUUCUUUUUGUAAAUUGGUGUGUGUGAAAUUGCAACCAGCUCUUGAUGUAUGUGACCAUCAAGGCUGAAAAGCCUGAUUACAGAUUCAGAAUCAGUCAUGCUUGCACAGUCUUAUUUGUUUACCAAAGGAUUAUGGCAAGGGAAACUGAUCUCUGUUCAGUAGUGAUCUCUGUUCAAGCAUGCCAAGAAUCCUGCUAGCUCUUUUCACUUCCACUUUCAACCCUAUUUGUCUGUUCUGGGUUCAACAGACCUAUAGUUCUGUUUCACUGUGGAUAUGACUGUUGUAUCAUUGUCUUUUGAUGACAAUUUCCUUCGUUAAGAUUUUUCAAGUACAGUUUUGGUGUACUGUUACAGAUCUGUAUUUUCUAAACUAUAAGGUACAGGAUAAAUAAAAACUACAUGAA